AUGGACAUACCCGUAGUCGACGCGCCUGGCUGGAGCCAUUCGGGCGGCCAGGCCCGGUCUGCGGUGGACGGCCGCGGGAGGCGCGGUGUGUGGUGCGAGCAGGAAGGAGAGGACAGGACCGACCGCGCCAGGGCCACAGCGACGACGCCCAAAGAGGCACGAGCAACGGACCGCGCGAACUACCGCGAAGGAUGGAAGGAAUGUUUCGAGGACAAGAGACUGCUGAAGCAGUUCAUGGUCAUGCGCAAACUACGAGGCGAUCCCAAGGAGCUCGACGAAGCUGUGCUCGAAACAGAGCUACGAAAGAUCGUCGACGAACCCAAGAACUGUAUUGACGCGGACAUCCCGCUGCUAUUCCACGGGAUCCACAUGGGCAUGAAGGAUGACGACGUUCUCAGCCGCGUGUGCAAAUUCUUGAUGGACUGCGACGAGCGAAUCGAAGCACGCGUCAUGAAGGGACAUUUGAAGAAGCCCGAGAUGCGGAAGAAGAUUUUCAAACGGCUGCUAGAAGUGGUAGAGCCAGUCCGAGAUGCGUGCGUCAUCGACAUGGAAAAUGGCUGGCAUCCGAUGGAAUUCACAUGGGAAUCAAUCAGCGAGUUGGUAAUGCACCAUGCGCAAGAGCAGCAGCGUUUUUACUCGACAUACGGCGCUAGAUGUAAAAAGCCGGGCUAUGAAGCCAAAGAAGCGACGAAUAAAAAGAAACAGCGAAAGGAUGAUUACAGUCGACAAGAACAACGCGACGUGUGGCCACGGCAUGACGACCGCGAAAGAAGCCGCAGUCAAGGGCGCGACAGACGUCAUCGAUCAAGCGACCGGCGCGAACCACGAAACCAUCACCCUUUGAUGUUCGGUGAAAUUGAUAUGGACGACUACGAUGAGGAUGGAAACCUCGUGACAGCUGCCACACAUGGCGGAUACGUGAACCCUUUCAAAAACCGAUGGAAAUCACAGAAUUACCGGGUGGUGGAAGAACAAAUGAGAGAAGCGAAAAAACGCAAAACCAAAGAGCUAGUAGAAACCGAGGAGUUCAUCCCACUGACGAACGACAGCGUGGACGAAGUCGACGAGCCGGACGUGAUUCGGCGGAAGGGACGAACGAUCCUAAAAGCCAAUCUAGUCGGGGCUAGCAGAACUGUGCGGCGCGUUUAUGGCUGGGAGUCAAAAAUCAAACAACGUGAACCAAGGGAAUUCGUGCCGACGGGGUGUUUGAAGUGCGGCGACACAUCCCAUCUAUACGACAAAUGCCCUGGCGCAUCGGCCGAGGACAGAGGCAAAGUCAAGUACGAAUGGGCGCUAGUUGCAAAGCGCAGGCAGAACAGGAAGGCGCUUAAGCCCAAAGCAAAGAAGAUCCGGGACAGUCUCAUGACGGCCAACAAGAAGUGGCGGGAAGAACAGAAGCAAAGUCGCACGGCAAAGGCAACGGAGCCUGAGAAAAAGAAGCUCCGAAGAAUACUGGAAAGCCCUGCCGGCGGCCACCAUCAAUGGAGUUUUAAACGUGUCAUACUGCCCUGA